GUGCUAUUUUUUUCAGUUUAGCAUUUGUUGCGCAUUAUUAAUAACUGUGUGUGCAUAGUAUUUGUUUUUAUUAUACCGGCAAGUGAGCCUUGAACAUUAUUAUAAUGAGAGAAAAGUUGCUGAUUUUGUUCGUUGCUUUGACCUGCAGCAAUGUGUCAGGCUGGUAUGAUUCUUCUGACGAGGAGGACCUGGCAUCGUUAAGGGGCCUAGGCGACCGAAUAAGAGCCGAAGUCGCGGAAAGUCUUCGACCAAUGCACAUCCAACUAAGGCAACAACGGGAGGAAUUGGCCGGAUUGGGUGACAGAAUAUCGCAACAAGUUUAUGAUAGUUUAGAACCUGUUAGAGCAUUAGAGCUUAAUAUGAAGAUGAAAAAUGGGGUGGGAGGUGUUACUGUUGCGACUGUUCAGCCCUCAGGACGGGAAUUCCUUAUAAAGAACUAUCGCCGUUACACCUGCAGCACCAAACUGGAUCAAACAAGAGGCACUUGUUCAGGCCAGCUCACCCAAUUUACAAUCACCAAAUCUAGCCCGAAAACUGAGUGGUGCUAUGUGAACAACUACAGCCAAGUGAAUAAUCGCGUUUGUCUCAGCUACAACGGCGCAGUAUCAAUCGAAGCAUUCAAUAAUCAAGUCAAUUGUUUUACGAACGACGGCAGUCCGGUGCUAAACAUUGCGAUCGAGGAUUAUAAAAAAUUAUGUUCGGAGGUGAGGAAAAGCACUGAGUACCGAUAUGUUCCGGAUCUGAAUGAUAAGAAUCACGUGGAAAUUCCGAACGAGAACAAACAUGUUAAAUGUGAAAAUCAGGAUAAGGAUUUGUGUAUUUUCCGGGAGGAUAAUAGCGUAUUGAGCUUUUAUGGGGGUUCGGUGAUAAUUAAUAAUGUAGCAUAAUAACAUCCUAAAACUAAAUAACCUUUAUAUUAUAUUUUUUAAGGCAAGAAUAAGUUAAAUAUAUUAACUUUAUUAAAAAAUUAUUUUUUUAUUC